AUGAAAGCUUUCUUUGCUAUCUUGCUGCUUUUCGCGGUUUCUGUCAAUUGUCGCCGUUAUGAGGAACUCCUUGGACCUUGUAAAUAUUCAGAAGAAGGUCAAACUUUGGCUCACUUCAAGAAGUACUAUUGGGGAAUUUGUCAUAACGGAUUGAUCUAUAAAUGCGGAAAUGCUCCAGAUGAGCCAAAGGAAAUUCGACCAUUCUGUUUGGGGCAUCGUCGUCCCAGUUCACCGGCUAAAUAUUGA